CUUCUCUCUUCCCCAGUCUUUAUAAACAAACUCAUUUCGCCUUACACUUCCACUUCCACUCUCAAUUUCCCCACAACUUUCUCGCUUACCAAACACUAUUUUUAUUCACCAAUGGCUUCCUCGGCCUCUGCUAUGAGAGCUCUGACAUCCUUUUCCCCUGUCAAACUUUACAUUCCAAGAAAAUCCCUAAUUUCUUCACCAACUACGAAAACUCUCAAACCUAAUUUCAAGAUCUCAAACCCAUAUUCUCUUUCAUCAUUUCCCAAACGAUCCUUCUCUUGCAAAUCCCAGCUGGCCAGUACUACUCCAUCAGAUUCCGAAAGGCCACCCACAAAAGUUCAAGAGCUUUAUGUGUAUGAAAUCAACGAGCGUGAUCGUGGAAGUCCUGCGUACCUCCGAUUGAGCCAGAAAUCUGUUAAUUCUCUUGGAGAUCUCGUCCCUUUUAGCAACAAACUGUAUACCGGAGACCUGCAAAAACGGAUAGGCAUAACGGCGGGAAUAUGCGUUCUGAUCCAGAACAAACCGGAAACGAAAGGUGACCGGUACGAGGCCAUCUACAGCUUUUACUUCGGAGACUAUGGUCACAUAUCGGUGCAGGGAUCGUACUUGACCUACGAGGACACGUAUCUCGCCGUGACUGGUGGCUCUGGAAUCUUCGAGGGGGUGUACGGCCAGGUGAAGCUGCAGCAGAUCAUUUUCCCCUUCAAGCUCUUUUACACCUUCUACCUUAAGGGCAUUAAGGACUUACCCAAGGAGCUCCUCGUCAAGCCUGUGGAGCCCAGCCCAUCUGUUGAGCCCAGCCCAUCCGCCAAGUCCUGCGAGGCCCACGCCACCAUCGCUAAUUACACCGACUAGAUCAACGGUGGUGACUUUGUGAUAAUGCCAUCCGUUUCUUUUCUCACGGUGAUGCAAUAAAUAAUAUAUGAUGGCUGGCUUUUUAUAAACUUUUUAUGUGGGCCCUUUUUUUUUUUUUUUUUGGAGUUAUGGUUAGUGUUUUCGUUUUGUCCAAGUAAUGUUGUAGUGGAUUGUAAUUAUCCAAUAUGAAUGGCUGAUGUUGAUAGAGGUGACACUAUUUUAUUUA